GGAGACCGAGGGGAUUUGAAACAAAGGUGAUUUGAAACAGUACCGAUUUCUCAGAAUGAGAAACCGUUAGCGAAUUGGCAACAUCGCUUUUCAAUCACUUCCCUCCGCCCGCUAACUCGUCAGUUCGCGUCAGUGGCGUAAGACGCGCGGUUGUGGAGUUCUGCGUGCCAUGUGACAAAAAUCGAGAAAAAAUGCCUACUGAUUAUAAAAGAAAGACUGACAGAGGUAUGGCGAGUCGCGAAAUAUAUGAUCUCGCAGCAGAAGAAGUAACUUUGCGACAGAAAAGUCUACGUGACGCGGCUUCAAGCUAUAACCUGAACCAUACUUCCCUCUACAGGUAUAUUAAGAAAAAAAAAGCUUAUGAAGCUAACCAAACGGCAACUUCUCCAACGGUUGGAUAUCCGGAAAAGACUGUUUUUACAGCUGCAGAGGAGAAGGUACUGUGUGAGUAUCUUUUAAACUGCGCUGCUGCUAACUUUGGCCUUAGAACUAAGGAAGCCAGAACUUUUGCCUAUAGGUUGGCUGUAGAAUAUAAUAAAAAAAUUCCUUCUUCUUGGACUAAGCACGAAAUGGCUGGAGAGGUUUGGCUUCGAUCUUUUAUGAAACGUCAUCCUGUUCUUUCUCUGAGACUACCUCAACCUACAAGUAUCGCUCGAGCUACGAGUUUUAAUAGAACAAACGUGGAACUUUUUUUUCAAAAUUAUACCGCAGUAGUUGACAAACACAAGUUGCAAGGGAAGGAUAUAUGGAACGUUGACGAAUCUGGCAUUACAACUGUUCAGAGACCAGACCGCGUCAUUGCCCGACGAGGACAGAAACAAGUGAGUGCCAUGACUUCCGCAGAGAGGGGAACAUUGGUUACUAUAGCACUAGCAGGGAAUGCUCUUGGGAAUCACAUACCCCCCAUGUUCAUCUUCCCGCGGAAACGAUUUAAUGACCAUUUUAUUCGCGAUGGACCUACUGGAUCAAUUGGCACUGCAAAUGGGUCAGGGUGGAUGCAAGAAGAAGACUUCUACACAUUUCUUAACUUUUUCAAAGACCAAAUAAGGCCAUCAAAAGAAAAUAAAGCACUAUUAUUAUUAGAUAACCACGCUUCACACACAGCCAUUAAAAACAUCGAGUUCUGCAAAGAAAAUGGCAUCAUUCUAUUGACGUUUCCACCUCACUGCACCCAUAAGUUGCAGCCGAUGGACAGAGCCGUUUUUGGUCCAGUGAAAAAGGCAGUUAACACUGCCUGCGACAAUUGGAUGCGGUCAAAUCCCGGAAAAGUAAUGUCCAUCUAUGAUAUUCCUGGCAUAGUUAAAACAUCGUUUGACAUAGCCGUCACGCCGCGCAAUAUAUCUUCCGGAUUCAUCCAUACUGGACUUUGGCCAGUUAACACUGAAAUAUUCCAAGAAACCGAUUACCUUCCGAGUCAAAUUACUGAUCGACCUUUGGCAACUUCCGUUAGUCCUGGUCCAUCUAGCUCUAGCUUAGUGGGAAUUUCAAGAAGUGAAGAACUCGCGCCAUGUCCUACUUCUGCCACAAGUGAGGAACGUCCCCUUAGAAACGAUAUAUUACAUGAUUCUCGUACACCAAGUCCAUCAAUCUUAAAUUUACCAGCUACUCCUCCUCAAAUCGGCUACGAAACAGAAGACGUACCCAAGUCUGCAGAAAACCCUAAUAAGAAUUCACCUGAACUGGCGAUAUCUGAAGUAAUGUUUAAUAGUAUCACGAUGCCUUCGACCACUGAAGAUAUAAUACCUGUAGCAUCUACAUCACGACAUACUUCAGUGACAGCAAUUCCUUUCUCACCUGAAACUCUUAGACCCUUGCCUAAAGCCCCACCAAGGAAAGGUAAUCAAACAAAUAGACGCAAAGUGAAAUCCGCUAUUUUAACAGACACUCCCGUAAAGGAUGAACUAGCUGCAAUCGAAGCAGCUAGAACUGCUAAGAAAAAGGUGAAAAGACCUAACUUUGAAGAAUCAAAAACAAGAAAGAAAUCAAAACCAGGCACUAAAACCAAAAAGAUCAAGACUGUCAAGAAGAGAGAACAAAAAGGAAGCGAAGACAGUGCAGAAGAAGAGGAAUCCUAUUGCCUUUGUUGCUUAGAGCCAUUUUCAAACAGCAGGGCCAAAGAAAAAUGGGUGCAGUGUCUAGAAUGCCACAACUGGGCUCAUGAAGCUUGCACUGGUGGGGAACUUUCUUAUGUUUGCCACAACUGCUUGUCAGAUUGAUGUUUUUUAUUUUAUUAAUAUUUCUAUGUUUGACAUUAAUUGUGAGAUUAUUAUAUAUAACUUAAAUAUUUAAAAGAAAUAUUGAUCAAGACUGAUUGUAAUACUUAAUUAAAGACUGAAAAUUAAUGAUUAUUUUAUAUCAACGAUUUAGAAAGUAAAACGUUUUGUUUAUCUGAUUUUAAUUAAUGUUACGAAAUGGAUGUCAUGGUACUUUUAACUAUUUUAGAAGUUGAUUAUUUGUCUUAGACCUGUAGUUACCUACUUAACUGGUAUAGCAGUGCAAAAUUAUUAAUAAAA